AUGGAGUGGCAGGAAGAGGAGAGCAGUGAGGGAGCUCCGAGCCAGACCCGAGCCAAGAAACGGGCCACGCCUAAGGCAGCUGGCAGCAUGAUCGAGCUUACCCAGAGCCUGAAACGACUUCUGGAACAAGAUUUUAAUAAGCGAAUGGAAUCGAUGAAGGCGGAGCUCCAGCUCGAGUUCACCAAGCUCAGUGACCGCAUGGCCGAGGAGGUGACUAAGGCCACGGCCCAGAUGGCGCAAGAACUAUCGCAAGUCCGAGAGCAGCUUACCCAGGUUUGCGGCGAGCUGGAGCAGACCCGACUACAGCUGGAGACACUAAACAAGGCUGAGGUACCGCGAUCACCGGGUCGGACAUACGCAGACGCUGCCAGAAUGACACCCGUCAGCACAUCCAACCAAUCUUCAUCUACGGCCCGAUCGUGA